AUGGAUCAUUUUGCGGACGACAGCGAUGAUGACCUGCCGACGCUAGAAGAGUCGUUCCAAGUGGCACUUGGAGGGGGCGGACGAACGCUGAGGCCCCAACGCGACAAGGGAAAAGGAAAAGCCGUCGAGCCAUCCGGUUCAGGGCACAAGGAAGCUGGAAGACGGGCGCUGGGAAGACCAAGGGACCGAGGCAAGGGGAAAGUUAAAGCGAAGGCAACGAGCUAUUCCUGGGAAGCGAAUUACAAGCGCAGCUGGGAUGCAGUACAAGAGGACGAGUCUGGAGGCCUCGCGGGUGCCGUGAAAAGUUUCCUGGAUGCCGCAAAGCGACGAAGGACGGCUGCAGAGGCGUCUCCGGUUCAGCGCGGUAUCAUCCGACAUCUAGUCCUGAUCCUCGACUUGUCGGAAGCAAUGACAGAUAAGGACUUGCGGCCGAACAGAUACGACCUCACAUUGCAAUAUGCACGCGAAUUUGUGGCAGAAUAUUUUGACCAAAACCCGAUUGGUCAACUUGGCAUUUUGGCUACACGAGACGGCGUUGCCGAGAAGGUCGUCAGCAUGGGAGGAAAUACGGUUGAGCACGUGCAAGCGCUUGCAAACAAGAGAAAGUGGGAACCAAGGGGGGAACCAAGUCUGCAGAAUGCUCUUGAGAUGGCGAGGAGUAGCAUUGCGCAUCUCCCUUCUUCCAAUUCCCGUGAAAUCCUUCUGAUAUUUGGAUCGCUGACGACUUGUGACCCGGGCAACAUUCAUGACACCAUUUCGGCUCUCGCGCGUGAUGGUGUGCGCGUCUCCGUCGUUAGCAUUGCAGCAGAGCUUAAAGUCCUUAAAGACUUGUCAAAGCACACGCACGGUCGAUUUGGGGUUGCACUCAACGAGGGGCACUUUCGAGAUCUUAUCUUCGAGGCUGUACCGCCUCCAGAACUGGAGGCCAGCGAUGCCAUGGACGCACGGGCGAUGCGCAAAAGGAGACGAACUGCCACGCAGCUCAAUAAUGAAGGGGUGGAUGGCGGCUCGAAUGCCGAGGAUGAGGAGGACGAUGAUGAAUUCUAUGACGGUACUGAUCUCCUCAGCAUGGGAUUCCCAACGCUUCUGCCGUUCAUAACCGCGAGCAAAGCAACCCUGUGCUCGUGCCACAGCAAGUUCCGAUCCGGCCCAGCUUUCCUGUGCGCCAGAUGCGGAGCAAAAUUGUGCGACGUUCCGACCGAUUGCCCCGUGUGCGGCUUGACGGCCGUCAUGAGCACACAUCUUGCCAGAAGCUACCACCACCUCUUUCCAGUGUCUGGUUACAAAGCAAUCCGCUGGGCAGAUGUCGAUGCAGAUUCGCCACCAGCAUGCUUCUCCUGCAACGUUUCUUUCCCGGAACGAAGUAAAGACGAUGCUGAUGUUGACGGCCAUCUCCAAGGUCAAGCUCAGGGUAGCAGUGCUGAUGGUUAUGCCGCCUCAAGCCGGUAUAGGUGCCCUAAGUGCAACAAUCAUUUUUGCAUCGAAUGCGACACUUUCGUGCACGAUACCCUACAUGUAUGUCCAGGCUGCUGCUGA